UCCUGCUAUCACAAAAAAUGGCAACUACUCCGGUAGGACAAGAUCAAGCGUCCCAGGCGAGCGCUGCGGUGCCUGUGGUUUUUGAUUUAAAUCAACCCCCUACUAUCGAAGGAUUUACCCCUCUGCCACGGCCCAGGGAGGAAGGAUUCAAGGAUAAGUUCAUCAGAAAGACCAAGGAGAACCCCUUUGUGCCGCUGGGUUGCCUGGGAACAGCAGGGGCCUUAACCUAUGGGCUUAUCGCCUUCAAACACGGCAAGACCCGGCAGUCGCAGAUGCUGAUGCGGGCGCGUAUCUUGGCACAGGGCUUCACAGUCGUCGCCAUCGUGGUGGGCGUGAUGGCGACGGCGCUGAAGCCCAAGCAGUGAGAGGAAGCGACCAGCUGCCUGUCAUCCUUGACAACCGACACCUACCCAGCAGCCCCCUCCUACAAACACUCACCAUGGGGAACAACUCUCAACUGUGAUUGAAUGUUUUGAAGGCAACAAGUUAUUUUUGAAAGCCAUUUUUUCCCCAGUGUCUUUUUUCCCUGCUUCAAUCUAGACUGCUUUAUGAGUACUCUAGAUUGACAGAAAACAAAUUUAUUAAAAUGCUACAGAUGGCAUUCAGCUCCAAGUUGGGUGUAUUUUUUUAGGUUGUCAUUUUAUUUGUGGAAAACAUUCUGCAAAGGGAGUGAAAGGGAGAAUGUCUUUUUAUGGUGCAAUUUUGAAAUACCGUACUUGCAAAGGAUGUCAACAGCAUUUUUUCCUGUACAUGUAAAUAAGCUCCUUUAGACUGACCAGUAGUUCUUUUGCAGUUUAAUAUCUGAGCAGUCUGCUGUGCUGGGGAUGAAAAAUCCUCAUAUCAUUAUAAUAAAGGUAAACCUUACUACAGACAAUCUGUACACCAAACUACGGUCUUGCUUGUCAUGUAUUUCUCUCUGAAUUUUAUAUGAACCUCUCUCUGUAUCCCUCAAAGUACUUACAUUACAGCACUAUGAGUAUAGAGGAGUAUUUUCCUUUGGAGCACACAUGAUUGUAAACCAGGGCCAUGAAAGAGAUCUUCCUAGCAUGUGGUUUUA